AUGUCUAUUUCCAUUGCAGACUUCCCCCAGGUUUGGCAGAAGCCCUCGUCUGCAGAGCUUCUUGCAUCCCUCAAACGUCUUCAGGUCGACCCUCCAAUAUGGAGUCCUAGAACGUCGCGGAAAAUCAUUCUAGAGACCUACCAAAAUGCUGCUCAGUUUCGCCGAGAGGUUGCUGCCUAUUUGUCCAGCAUAAUCAAGAGUAAUCUCGGAUGGAUUCAAGAUGAGGAUGAGAAGGAGGCGCUCUGGGAUGAAGCAAGUCGUCGUCUCUCGGAGCGUUGUGGUAGAGCUGGCAUGGGUGAAAUUACACGAAGAUGGCCACUCGAGACGCAAGCUUCUUCUCCUUUCGAGUUGAUCAUUCGCGAACCUCCUAUUACUGGCGAUUGCCUUGGUUUGAAAACCUGGGGGUCCUCGUAUUUACUCGCGUGCUCGCUAGACAAGAUCGCGAAAGAGUCCUUGUCUCAUCUCAUCCAGCUAGGAGGCCUGAAUCAGUCAUUAGAUGUUCUCGAAUUAGGCUCAGGUACAGGGCUCUUGGGGAUGGCUGCUGCUGCCAUCUGGCAGACGAACGUAGUCUUGACCGACCUUCCAACCAUAGUACCAAAUCUCGCCCACAACGUCGAGAAGAACCGGUCCGCUAUCGAGACUUUGGGAGGGAGUGUCGAUUCGGGAGAUUUAACGUGGGGUUCUGAAGACGAUAGUGCUGAGCGAUUUGCUCAAAAGAAUCAGUUUAAAAUUGUUCUUGCCGCAGAUCCUCUCUAUGAUGAUGAUCACCCCGAGCUUCUAUCUUCCGCAAUUACCGACCACUUAAUGAAGGAGAAAGAUGCUAGGGUCGUUGUGAUGGUUCCUCAGAGAGAUUUGACCACCAAGAGAUUGAUGACGAAAUUCGUAUCUGCAAUGGAAGCCUCAAGUUUGAUGAUUCUGGAAGAACAUAUUCUACUCGGUCAGGACGAUUGGGACGAUGAUAAGGAGAAUUCGGAUAUAGAAUGUUGGUGGGCUGUAUUCGGGAGGCAAUGA